AUGGAGCCCCCCUCUGUGAGCGCGGCCCCCCGUCUGUCCUGGGACCACCCUGAGAACAUGCCCUCACAGCCCACAGUCCGCUGCCAGCAGCCUUCAGAAGCUCUCCUCUCUGCUGUGGCAAAGAUCCGCAGAGCUACUUUCCUGCACCACAAGAACAACUCAAACUGGCCCCCGCCGGAUGAGGCUCUUCCUGCUCCUCCUUCUCCUCCAGCCCUCGGGCCCCUGACUGAGGACUCUGUGAUGGUGUCUGGCCCCGAACACAGCGGCCUACAGGCCCCUGACGUACUGAGCCAGCCGGCCUCAGAUCUGUCCCGUCAGAGCAGUGGUCAGACCAUCGUGGACCCUCUGGACGUUUGCAAACAGCGGCCGCGCCGCAGCCGCCGCAUGAAGCGCUUCAGCUCCAAGUGGCAGUCCAGAGGCUCCACCGGCAGCAGCUCGGCCCCGGCCCUCACUGUGGACAGGCUGAGGAGGAAGCACUGCAGGCUCCUGGGGGACCAGAGCCUCGUCCAGGUCAGCAGCAACAGCCAGAGACAACGAUACGUUACUAAAGACGGGAAGUGUCAGGUCAACCUGGGCCCCAUCGCAGAGAAGAGGCGCUUCCUCUCAGACAUCUUCACCACUCUGGUGGACCUCAAGUACCGCUGGUUCCUCCUGGUCUUCAGCAUGUGCUACGUGCUCACGUGGGUGGCCUUUGGAGCUGUUUACUUCCUGGGCGCUUGGAUCAGAGACGACCUCGCACACUAUGAAGACCCACAGUGGGAGCCCUGCUUCGAGAAGGUCAAUGGUUUCCUCUCAGCUCUUCUGCUGUCUCUGGAGAGUCAGAGGACCAUCGGCUAUGGCUACAGGAUGGUGACGCCCCACUGCCCAGAGGGAGUGGUCCUACUCAUGGUGCAGUCCAUCGUAGGCUCCAUCAUCGACGCUCUGAUGGUGGGCUGCAUGUUUGUGAAGAUCUCUCGUCCGCAGCAGAGGGCGCAGACUCUCAUCUUCACCAAACACUGUGUGAUCUGUGAGAGAGACGACAAACUCUGCAUGCUGCUCCGCAUCGGAGACCUGCGGGAGAGCCACAUGGUGGACGCCAAGGUGCGCGCUAAGCUCAUCAAGUCCCGGCAGACCAAGGAGGGCGAGUUCAUCCCCCUGGAGCAGUCUGAGAUCAACCUGGGCUACGACAUCGGGGAAGACCGGCUUCUGCUGGUGGAACCUCAGACCAUCACUCACAUCAUCAACAAGAGCAGCCCCUUCUGGGACAUGGGGGCGGAGCGCCUCAGCAAGGAGACCUUCGAGAUCAUCAUCAUCCUGGAGGGAAUCGUGGAGGCCUCAGGAAUGACGUGCCAGGCCAGGACGUCCUACACGGAGGACGAGGUGCUGUGGGGCCAUCGCUUUGAGUCGUGCAUCUCUCUGGAGAAGGAGGCGUUCCGUGUGGACUACAGCGCGUUCAACAAGACCUUCGAGGUCCAGAUGUCCCCAGAGAGUGCAAAGGAGCGCAGUGAGAGGGCCUCUGUGACAUCACACUGA